AUGUUGGAGACGGUCAGUGGGUGGCUGUGGUGGGAGCGUCUGUGGCUGCCUGCGAACCUCUCCUGGUCUGACCUCGAGGACCGUGAAGGCCGAAUCUACGCUAAGCCCUCGCACCUCUACGCCGCUCUGCCUUGCGCCCUUUGCCUGCUCCUCAUCAGAUGCCUAUUCGAGAGAUAUUUAGCCACGCCACUGGCUAGUGUUUGGGAGAUCAGGGAUAAGGUGCGACUCGCAGCUGAGCCCAGUCCCUUUCUAGAAGACUACUUCCGCAACGAGUCCCGACUUCCAUCAGCGGCUGAUGUGAGGUCUCUGUGCAAGAAGACCAGCUGGCCAGAGAGGAGGGUUCAAGUCUGGUUCAGGAGAAGGAGGAACCAGGAGCGUGCAGGGCUUCGCAAAAGAUUUUGUGAGGCAAGUUGGCGGUGUGUGUUUUACUUGUGUGCAUUUGCCGGGGGAAUCGUAGCUCUCUAUGAUAAACCCUGGCUUUAUAAUCUGAGGGAGGUUUGGGCAGGCUUCCCUAAACAGUCACUGCUGCCAUCUCAGCAUGGGUAUUACCUCUUAGAGAUGGGUUUCUACCUUUCUCUGCUCCUCAGCCUUUCAUUUGAUGUAAAACGGAAGGACUUCAGAGAGCAGGUGCUUCAUCAUAUAGCGACGCUGACUCUACUGGCGUUCUCCUGGGUCUCCAACUACAUCCGUAUUGGAACCCUGGUCAUGGCAACUCACGACUCCGCUGACAUAUUCUUGGAGGGUGCAAAAGUGUUCAACUAUGCUAAGUGGCGGCGAACCGCUGAUGCCAUGUUUGUGGUGUUCACGGUUCUUUUUACCCUGACAAGACUUGUCAUUUUACCUUUCUGGCUAAUACACUGUACAUGGGUGUACCCGCUGGAGCUGUUCCCUCCGUUCUUUGGCUACUACUUCUUCAAUGCCAUGUUGCUGGUGCUCCAGAUACUCCAUCUAUACUGGGCCGUUCUCAUUUCACGUAUGCUGUACAAGUUUCUCUUCAGCAAGCUGGAAGGGGAUGACAGGAGCGAUGAGGAGGAGGACGACAGUGACUCACAAAAAGAUAAAACUCAGAGAACGAAUCACAGAAAUGGCUUCGGAGCCAGAGGCCGGGCCAAUGGACACUGA